AUGGCAUUCCUGUUUAAGUCGAAAAAAAGCCAGGCUGCGAAUAACAGCUUGCCCCCGGCCACCAGAACUAUUCAUACCUCAGAAGGCACGGCACAAGGUUCCUCAACGGCACCACCCAACGGCGUCAGAGAUGGUGGGCCGGUUCAGUCUCCCAAUUAUGGGAGCGCGGACAACUCGUUGAGCUCUCUGAGUGGUACAGUUCCAAAUGGAAAUAACGCACCGUCACCCGUUCCGAACCCGGCCCUGUUUCCAUGGUCGCAACGACGAAUGAACUUCCCCCAAAAUUCCCGCCCUUUUCCUCGAUAUGGCGCCGCAGUGAAUGGAGUAGCUUCAAAGGACGGCGAUAUUUAUAUGAUGGGCGGGUUGGUGGAUGGUACUACGGCGAAGGGGGACUUAUGGAUGGUAGAAACAUCUCGACAAUGGUCUCGUGCUGUCCCUCCCGGACCUCGACCCGCUGGCAGAUACGGCCAUACAUUGAAUAUAUUAGGCUCAAAGAUCUAUAUUUUCGGUGGCCAAGUCGAUGGCUUUUUCUUCAAUGAUCUAGUUGCCUUUGAUCUCAAUGCUCUCCAGAAUCCGUCGAAUAAAUGGGAAUUUUUAAUCCGCAAUAGCCAUGAUGGUGGGCCACCUCCGGGUAAAAUCCCACCAGCUCGAACGAAUCACACUAUCGUCAGCUUCAAUGAUAAGCUUUACUUGUUCGGUGGAACGAACGGGCUGCAAUGGUUUAAUGACGUCUGGUGCUACGACCCCAGGACGAAUCUUUGGGCACAACUUGAUUAUGUUGGGUUCGUACCAGCAGCGAGAGAAGGGCAUGCUGCAGCCCUCAUUAAUGACGUUAUGUAUAUAUUUUCCGGACGCACUGAAGAAGGCGCAGAUUUGGCAGAUCUAGCCGCGUUCCGUAUCACAACUAGACGAUGGUUUUCCUUCCAAAACAUGGGACCAUCGCCUUCUCCUCGCUCUGGUCAUAGUAUGACAUCAUUCGGCAAACAAAUCAUAGUCCUUGGGGGCGAGCCGAGCACCGCGCCCCGCGAUCCGGAAGAGCUCAGCCUCGUGUAUGUCUUGGACACUGCGAAAAUUCGAUAUCCUGCUGAGCCCAGCCCAACUUCUCCCACCGGCAACGCCUCCCGCAAGCUAGGCCAGGCGGACCGUCCGAGCGCAUCCGGCCGUACAUCACGCGAAGCCCAUAAUUCAACCCCUGAUUUGCAUGGCCGCCGUGGACCAUCAUCGGGUAGAGAGAGCGCAACUGCUGGUAGGCCUGAUGUGUCAAGCCCUGGCCCUGGGGGCACAGGGUCUCGUUUACCCCGAGCAUCAAUCGCGCAAGCACCAGCAGGACCACCGCCUCCCGGACAAGCGCCAACUCCAACACCCAGGGCUCCUCAUAUUAACACCCAGGGUGGACGAAGCAAACCACACAAGGGAGGCGAACGAGGAAUGACACCUGUUGACAAUCUGAGAACUGUCGGGAAUGAAAAGGACAGACAGUCACCUGUGAUGCGCGAAAUGAUUACAAAUUCUCGACCAGGACGCGAGCAGAGCCCCGUCUCUGGUGGGCGCCAGCAAUCCUCGCGACUUUCUGCUCGAGCUAUGGAGGCUGGAGAAGCCGCUCCACUAGUGACGCCAGCUCGACAACGUUCCUUACGACAAAAACAUCAUAACUCUAUUGAUAGUGUUGAUGACUCCAUCCUGGGCAAGGGCCCCGGCAGUGCCGAUGGGUCUGAGCAAAGAAUAUAUAGGAAUUCCAGAAACCUCAACGAUGAGCCUCGCUCCCCUCGACUGACUCCACAUCAAGAAGCUCUUAUUAAAGACCUCGAAGCAGCAAAAGCCAGGAAUGCUUGGUAUGCUUCAGAGUUAGCAAUGGCCCGCAAAGCGGGAUAUACUCUCAACCCGGCAAACGCUUCUCCUCUUGACCAGCGAUCUAUAGACAUUUUCAAGGAAGAAGACCGUCCUCUGAUUGAAGCCUUCAUUUCCAUGCGAGCAGAAUUGGCGAAAAUGCAAGCCGCUGUUGAUCGUCAAGCUGCAAUUGCAUCCAAGCGAGUGGCUGAGGUGGAACAUCAGCGGGAUGCAGCUAUUAACGAGGCAGCUUAUGCCCAAGCUAAGCUCGCGGCUCAAGGGGGCAGCCGAAGAGGAACACCACAGUCGGAUCGUAACGGUCGCGACAUUGAUGAAACAAACCCUGACCGGUCCGCAGAAAUAAGUCGACGACUAGCUCUUGCCCUUGCAUCUCAAGCGGAAUUGAAGGCGAAGACUGAAACACUGAUGUCCGAGCUUCAAGACGAGAGGAGAGCAAAAGAGUUGGCCGAAGAACUUCAUGAGGUAACGAGUAAAAGAUUGUCAGAAAUGGAAUCUCAAAACAACAACCUGGAAUUGGAAAGUCUGCGGACUGAGCUCCAUCACCUGCAAUCUGCAUUCAGAGAAGAAGCAGCACUCCGAUCCGAGGCGGAAAGUGCUCUGAAGCUGACUCAGAUUGAUAAAAGCGAACUAUCUCAAAAAGUUGAUGAUCUCAGUAGCCGUCUAGAAAACCAUGGCACCGAUGUCGGAUCUCUUCGUGAAGCGGUCAACGCUUCCUCAGCUAAAGCUGAGCUGUUGGAAAGACAGCUGGAGGAGGAGCGGGAUCACCGCGAAGGUUUGGAGAGGAAGCUUCUGCAGCUUAGAGCAGAACAUGAGGAAAGAACCACUGAGCUCGAGAAUACAGCCCGCCGGUUGAGAGAUGCUGAAGAAUUGGCAGAAACACAUGCUAGGGAAGCAGAGAGCCACAGAGCAGCGUUCUUGGCUGGUUUAGAUCGUGCCUCUUCACGUGAUUCCGAAUCUACAGCUAAAUCACUUGCUGAGCAAAGAGUUGCUGCUCUGAAGGAGCAAGUUGACCGGGCAAAUGAGCUGGCGAAAACAAAUCACCAAGCAGCAAACGAAGCUUCCGAGAAACUUCGACGAGCGGAAGAACGUAUUGCAGGAUUAGAGCAGUAUCAGGAACAAGCUAGUCGAGAGGGUCUGCAGCUCCGUAGGCAACUCCAGACUGCUCUGAAAGAGAGCCAAGCGCUUAGUAACGAGAACCGGGAAGUGAAGGCACAGCUCGAGAACCAUCAACGCGACGCCAAUGCGUUGGCCAUACAACAUGGCGCAUUGAAAGAGCUGCUUGGCGAACGUGGCAUAACGGCUGACAACAGGCGAUCGCCAUUACUGGAUUCACCCGGUUCUCGUUUCGGAACUCCUGAACACAACCGUCUCCGUGAAUUAGAGCAACAACUUCAGUCAAGCAUAAAGGCGCAUGAAGAAACGAAGCUAUCCUUCGAGUCGAGAGAACAAGAGGCUGAUCGUGCAUACAAUGAGAAGCUUGAGCAACUUGAAAACGAUUACCAAUCAGCCGUUCAUUAUGUAAAGGGAACAGAGAAAAUGCUCAAGCGAAUGAAGGACGAGCUUUCCAAGUACAAAUCGCAAAACUCCAAGCUACAGAUUGAGUUAGAAACUGCGCUUCAAAAAACCAAUUCAACAUCCUCCCCAUCUCCAGAAGCGUCUGCCCAAUGGGAGACCGAGCGGCUCGAUUUGCAAAAAUCUCUGUCGGACCUGCAAGAGAGGACUUCGACUUCCAUUGCUAACCUCGAAGCUCAACUCGCAAAACUUCGAGAGGACCUCACAGCUACACAAGCAGAAAGAGAUCAAAGCCUCUCGGAACAGGACAACAUCAAACGCGAAUUAUUGAGCAUCACGGAAAAGAGCCGCGAGGAUCUGGAGCAGCUUAAAAGCGAGAAUGCCCUUCUUGAAAGCCGGGCGCUGGAUGCCGAACAAAAGAUCUCAAUGCUCCUCGACCAAGUCGAAUCGUCAGUGACGAAUUACCGACGACAAUCCCAACAAGUGCUUUCCCAUCCCAAUGGCUUGAGCCGUACAAUCAGCAACGCAUCCAGCAAUAAUACGAUCGGUGCCCGACCAAGGGCUGGUAGUAAUGUUUCUCAAGAUGACUCCUUCCUUGACCACCGUAGUUCUUUCGCGCUAGAUUCUCUUGCUAGCGAGCUUGACGCUCUCCGAAGCCACUGGGAAAGCACAAACCGGAACUACCGUUUGAGCACCCAGUUCGACUUUGACCGUACGCCCACCAAGGAAACAUAUGGCGAGAGUGGAUUAAGCGAUAAUUUGGCUAGUUGGCGGAAACGGUUGGAUGAAGAGGAACGAUCGUCGACUCCUGUUAAAGCUCCUACAUCAGCGGCCUUGGCUCCUCCUGCUGCGCCUGCACAACCAGCGAUAGGUAAUAUGAUUUGA